UUUUACAGCAAAGAAAGGGACUGUAUCCUUUUAGAUGACACUGAAUUGGGGCAUUGGAUUUGGAAUUCCUGCUUCAAGAGAGAAUAUUCAUAAUUCUGAAUCCGAGGCUUCAAUUUCGUGAUAUCAGAUAUCUUGAAAGUGUUUACUAAGUUCAACCAUCUACUACAAGAAUGCUUCCAGGAUAAUCAUUUGUGAUGAUGCAUUCAUCAUGUGGCCGAUGACUCUGUUGGCUUAUGGUGGCAUAUUGUACUUUGUAGCGAACUAGUUCUUUGUUGGUGACAUGGCUUUCUUGCAGCUGCGUUAGUGAGGAAACAUAGUCAAGUGUUUAUUGGUUGCACUAUUUAAGAUUAUAGACCGUACCAUAUUGUAAGGAUCAAGUUCUGAUUUCUUAUUCAGUUGAAAAUCUUAGCGCAAAAAUAAGUGUAAAAUCACCUUCCAUGCUACUUUUACAUUACAAGACAAUUUUCAGGUAGAUAAUGCUAAAAUAGUGAAAGUGACUCUUUGAGAGAUUUCAAUUCGUUCCACAUUAUAUAAUUUGUCUAUAGAACUAUUUUGAUGUGUGUCAAUCAACCAAUUUUGCAUUAUUUGCUCUGUUUUUAAUUUGGAGAAAAUUCUUUCUGAUUAUGGUUUCUCAUUCUUGAUCUGUGUUUUUCAUUUCCCUACUGUUUGUUUAUUCUUCGAUUUUGGGUCCUCCAUUCCACUGAAUUUUUGUAAUUUCCUACUGAUUCAUUGACGUAUAAGGAUAAGGGAAAUGUCCUUCACAUCUCAUGUUCUUAUUUAUUCAGUUCAUAUAGUAUUUGAUAGUAAUGAGUGCUGAUCUUCUGUUAACAGUUCAUUCUGUUAUCUACACAAUUUUGCUUCUGACAAAUUGUGCGUCUGAAUAUAUUCGAGUUUUCGGUACAGAAUUUCCAGUUUGAUGUCCACUUUUGAUCUUCUGUAUCUGACAAGAAAACUAUUAGAUUGUUGGUGCAGAAAAUCCAGUUCUGAUGUCUGCAGCUGAGCAAAUCUUUGGAGCUGGUGGCAAGAGGACGAGACCUGCUUUAGUUUUCUUAGUGUCUAGAGCAACCGCAGAGAUCAUUGGCUUUAGGGAGCUCACGAAAGAACAUAGACGUUUAGCUGAGAUUAUUGAGAUGAUCCACACCGCGAGUUUGAUACACGAUGAUGUAUUAGAUGAAAGUGACAUGCGGAGAGGAAAGGAAACUGUCCAUCAAUUAUAUGGCACGAGAGUGGCUGUGCUGGCUGGGGAUUUUAUGUUCGCUCAGUCAUCGUGGUACCUAGCCAAUCUUGAAAAUCUUGAAGUCAUAAAGCUUAUAAGCCAGGUCAUCAAAGAUUUUGCGAGUGGGGAAAUAAAGCAGGCAUCUAGUUUGUUUGACUGUGAUGUUCAAUUGGACGAGUAUUUACUCAAGAGUUACUACAAAACAGCUUCUUUGAUUGCUGCAAGUACAAAAGGAGCCGCCAUUUUCAGUGGGGUCGACAGUGAGAUUAGCGAGCAAAUGUACCAGUACGGUAAGAAUUUUGGUCUAUCCUUCCAAGUUGUUGACGACAUACUGGAUUUUACUCAAUCCGCAGAAGAUCUGGGGAAACCUUCCGCGAGUGACCUGGCGAAAGGAAAUUUGACUGCACCAGUGAUAUUUGCUCUGGAGAAAGAGACUAAACUGAGGGAUAUAAUUGAAUCUGAGUUCUGUGAGUCUGGUUCUCUCGAGAAGGCCGUUGAUAUUAUUGAGAGCUGUGGAGGCAUUGACAAGGCGCGAGAGUUGGCAAAAUCGAAAGCUGAAUUAGCACUCGAGAAUCUUCAGUGCCUACCCUUGAGUUCUUUCCGAUUCAGUCUUGAAGAAAUGGUGAAGAAUAAUUUAGAAAGAAUUAGAUAAAAUGAUAAUCAAUUCAAUACAGAUGGUUCCUCACUGUUAAGUGCAAUAGCUGUUCGUAUAUAUUUAGAGUGGCUGUAGUUCUUACAACCUUGUAUUGUUGCUAUGGCUUUUCCUGGACAAUGGCUCAUAGGAAAACAGUGAAAUUUAACAUUGUUAUACACGUGUUUGGCC